CGAGCGCGAGUACGUGUCGCGGGGCGGGCUGCGCGCCGGCGAGGACCCCUACCUGAGGAACAGGUUCAACCAGCGCGCCUCCGACGGCCUGGCCUCCAACCGGCCCAUCCCGGACACCCGGGGCGCCAUGUGUCACAAGAAGAAGUACCCCAAGGACCUGCCGGCCACCUCGGUCAUCAUCACUUUCCACAACGAGGCGCGCUCCACGCUGCUGCGGACGGUCGUCAGCGUCCUGAACCGCAGCCCCGAGCACCUCAUCAAGGAGAUCAUCCUGGUCGACGACUUCAGCGACAACCCAUCCGACGGCGAGGAGCUGGCCAAGAUUCAGAAGGUCAGAGUCCUGAGGAACGAGAGGCGCGAAGGGCUGAUGCGGUCCCGCGUGCACGGCGCGGACGCCGCCACCGCCGACGUCCUCACGUUCCUGGACAGCCACUGCGAGUGCAACGUCAACUGGCUGGAGCCGCUGCUGGAGCGCGUCAAAGAGGACCGGAGCCGCGUUGUGUGCCCCAUCAUCGACGUCAUCAGCAUGGACAACUUUAACUACAUCGGUGCGUCGGCGGACCUUCGGGGUGGCUUCGACUGGAACCUCGUGUUCAAAUGGGAGUACCUCAGUGCCAAAGACCGCACCAAGCGGGCCAAGGACCCCACCAGGGCCAUCAGAACUCCGAUGAUUGCUGGGGGUCUCUUUGUCAUCGAUAAAGCCUAUUUUGAAAAACUCGGCAAAUAUGAUAUGAAGAUGGAUGUAUGGGGAGGCGAAAAUCUAGAAAUUUCAUUCAGAGUGUGGCAGUGUGGUGGAUCUUUAGAAAUUAUUCCAUGUUCUCGAGUUGGACAUGUCUUUAGAAAAAGGCAUCCUUACACUUUCCCUGGAGGGUCUGGCAAUGUGUUUGCCCGCAACACUCGCCGAGCAGCAGAAGUGUGGAUGGACGAUUACAAACAGUACUAUUACAAUGCUGUGCCUUUAGCGAAACACAUACCAUACGGAGACAUAUUGGAGAGAUUAGAACUAAAGGAGCGACUAAAGUGCAAACCCUUCAAGUGGUAUCUGGAAAACGUGUAUCCAGAGCUACAAAUUCCUGAAGAAAAUGUAAUUAGCUCCAUCAGUCAAGCAGGCAGGUGCAUUGACACUCUUGGCCACCUGUCCCACAACACAGUUGGUCUCUAUCAAUGCCAUUCCAGUGGUGGAAACCAGGAAUGGACUUUGACGGAUGAUGGUAUGCUGAAGCACAAUGAGAUGUGUCUCACACUCCCCGAGCGGCAACCUGGUGUCGCUCUGAUUAUGACACCUUGUGGUGAAGAAGAGGAUCAGCAUUGGGUUCAGACAGAGCCUGGAGGCCUUAUAAAGCAUGCCCAACUUAGUUUAUGCAUUGAUUCAAGAGACAGAGAUCGAGGGCUGACUGUUGAAAAAUGUGACUCCCUAUCAACUUCCCAACGAUGGACUGUUUCAUUACACCGAGCAUAGUUACAAUCUUGAGUUCACUGUCAGAAGUCACUGUUACGACAAGGGUCAGAUUGAUAGAAGAACGUCUCGGUAAAACAAAUGUAUAUAACUUAGACAAAACAAUGUGAGGUGGAACUAAAUUAUGGAAAUGUGAGAUCUAUGUAUGAAGACUGUUGGUUCUUGGUUGGUAACUAGAUAAAUCAGAUAGAAUGGAGAACCUCAUAGCUCAAGCCUUUAUAGGGGCAUCAUGUGCAAAACAGAAAGACAAGGGAUUUCACAAUAUUUCAUGUUGUGUUUCUUUUUUUUUUUUUUUUUUUUUCUGGUUGGAUCACAGGUUUAACCAACACUAUUCAAUUUUGUCAAAAGGCUUAAUUAUUUCCUUGUGUCUUCCUCGCUCUCUGUGGACAAGCAGAGUUUAGGGUAAGCUUGUUAACAUUAACUAAGGUACUGCUCUUCUAUUCAGUCUCUUUCUCUUAUAGGAUUUCUAUUCCAUCUGCGCUCUCAAUCUGUACCACUAGGUGGCCAAAUCACAGAGUAUGUAGUUGCUCUGCACUAUUGUAUAUAUUUAGUGGAAAUUUAAGGAUUUUCAUUAUUCUAGAUAUGUGUGGUCUGGAUUGUACACACAAUCCAGUUCAAGUGUUUAAGAAAUCAACAGCACAAGUGACUUGUAGUAACAACUUUCUGUCGGUGACAUGUGCUCUGGACCUCAGUCUGAAUAAUCUAUCAUCAAAAUUAUGAUGGGCAUGUUUUUUUCAUGAGAAACAACUGUUGAUUACCAUUUAAUACCCAAAUAUGUGUUGUAGAUGAGAUUAUGACUUCCAGUGGUCUGCACACACUUUGAAGUGAUGUGUUGACUUUGCCAACAUUCUUUCUAUCUCGACUGAUUGUGAUUGCAGAGAGAGAAGCAAGAUAAUUGUAGUAUGUAUUACAUCAGUGGUUUCUAUAGAAGCAAUUAAAGUAGUGUAAUUAUAAGAAUAUUAUUGGUGCUAUGUUUGUUUACUGAGUAAUAAUUGUUGAAAGUUGUUAAUGGUAAGAGAAAAGCAAUCAUUCCGGUUUUGAGUGGACAUUGAGUGAUUAUAAGGUUUUGCUUUAAUAAGUUUGGCCACAUAGGAAAAGCAAGCUUUUUCUUGUUAUGAAAGUUUAAGGUUUAUGGUGUUUUGGGGCCUUUGAGAGGUUCCCAAAGAGUCUUUUAAUUUAUUUGUGUUUUAUUUCAAUUUUAGUUACAGUUCAUUAUCUUCUUUAGUUCAAAUUUGUGGCUAUGAAUGAAAAUACCUUGUGUAAUAAUUAAGUAACCCUUUUACCACAUACAGUAUAUUGUCUGGGACAAACAAAGCUCAUUGCUGAUUUUUCUAUGCCCUUUUUAGACCAUUUUAUAGUGCUUUGGCUAAUUUAGUAAACUUCUGAGAUCUUCUGCUAGGUAGGAAUCCUUGUCUUAUUUAAACUUUUUACUUUGUGAUAAUAUUCUCAUGACUCCUUGAUUUUCUUUUUGUCAGAAGGUAAUCUUAUGUUGUGGAUCAGUGUUUGAAGUGAUAAUAUUAGUGUUUACCAACUGUGUGAAAAUUUGACGAAGUCGAUGUGAUUGUCUCUUUUUUUAUUUGUUCUAAAUGACUAAGGCAAUAUAAUGUUAUUUGGAUUAGACGUUAAUGAGAGAAGCAUUUAACUACUGGAGCCGAACGUUAUCAAUAGUGCCUUGACCGGGCUCUCUGGAAAAAAAAAAAUUGUUGAAACAAGAAUGUUUUAGAGUUACAGAAUAUGAAUUUGGGUUUUUCUCUGCCAAUUCAAGAUCACUAAUAAUUCAUUGCUCCUAUUUGUUGCAUCACCAGAUAAAAAUCCAUACCCUCAAAAUGGAUAAGAAACUGAUUUGAAAAUUCCAUUUUAAAACGACUUGAGAAUGCCCACUGAAAAAGUCGUGUUUAUAGAUAUUGAAAUGAACAAUUGAAGUCUGUAUGUAUUGUCUAAGUAGAAAAGGAAGUUUUGUGCUUCCCCACCAUCAGAAGUGCUCAAUGUGUGUUUUCUGUAGAAAUUUGUGUAUGUCCUGUUUCUUUGUUUUUUUUUCUGCUUUAAAUCAUUACUUGUUAAUUGAUCAAUAUUCUGAAGUUGUUGUAUCCUCACAUUAUGAUAAAGCUACACUCAUCUGCCACUUUGUCAUUUUCCCCACAAAAUGGUUUAAGUGCAUAAAUGGUUGUGGUGGGAUAAUUCUUUCAGGUGGUACAUUUACUGCCCAGUGAAAGUAUGUGAUAUCAAUUAAGUAUUGUCAGUUUUGGCUUCAAUGUAUUUUUUUUUGUGCAUUAUUUUUUCCUUACAACAAGAUUUGUUUUAAAUAACUAAUUCAUCUACAUCAAUAACAUCUGUAUUGAACUCAGAUGGCAUAGUAACACAAACUUGACUUAAUUGUAUAUAAUGUAGAUUUCAAUUUCUGCCACUUUUCAUGUUGCAUAAUAUUAUACUUGAUUUGGGAAGUUUGUCUUGUUGGGACAUGUUUCAGGAACGUCAAGCCAGUUAUGCAGUUUCUUUUAUGUAUUUUACCGAUGAUUUGACAUGUGAUACUAUGAAACAAUUCUGAAACCAGUUUUAAUUACACUGUGAGUUCCUUGAAGAAACAUCAUUUACCCUAUAAAAUUUCAAUGUUGAACUCAUGGACAGCAGACUGGUGCCUUAAAAUCAUGAACCAAUAAACAAGUUUCUACUUGGAAUGCUGAAAUAGACAUAGAACUUUUUGUUUGGCAUUUGAAGGAAGGAAAAUGGUUCAUGCUCAUGAGCUAGGCUGACAGUUAAUAAAAACUCUACCUCAAUUUUCAUGAACUCGAACUUAUUGACUACAGAUACUUUUGUACAUCUUUUAAAAUAGUCAUUAAAUUUGAAAAUAUCAUGAUGGCAGUUAAAUCUUAUCUAGUGUACAGUAAAUUUUUUAAUGGUUUUUUUUUCUUUGAAAGCUCUCCAAUUUACAAUGAUACUUUUCAUAACUUAUAAAAUUUAUUCAAUGAGCAUUGUCACCUUAAAAUAAUUUAACUGCUCUGUUGAGGUACUUGAAUAAUUCUGUUUAGUAAAAUACACAAAUUGAAAUUAACUUCAAUAACUGACUAUGGCUAUCUAUCUAGUCUCUUUUUUUAUCAUGUUAUUCAUAAUUUCAUCAUGUUAUGUGUAAGUCAUCAUUUGUUGAAAUAAAAACAGAAGCAAUAAUGUU